AUGUCAUUUCAUAUUUUUCACAGUCACCAACAAACUUAAAAAUUUGUUAACCCAAAAUCAACUUAACAAUUUCAUAACAAAUAACAUUUCAUAUUCAGUGAAUUCUUGCUGUAACUCCUUUCUUUUAAAAAUACAUCCUCAUCAUACUAAUGGAAAUAAAUUGAAACAUGUAAAUUCAUAUCUAUAUUUAGCCCUUCAACCAAAAUAAUUGAUACCUGCUGAGAUUGAUGAUAUGGCUCAUCAUUUUUCUGUCAAUAACCAGGAUCUGAACUUUUCUGGGACACAUUGUAGAGAGUUAGUGUCGAUUAACUCAGCAAUUUUAAUAGAGAAUAACUAACGACACUUUUUGAAGCUAUGAUGCAAACUCCAUAUAACGUAGUUUUUAAUCUUGAAUAUAGAUUUCUAAUGAUGUUGGAGAGGCUGCAACCAAAGCUAUAGAUACAUUUUAAUAUGCUGAAUUACAAGCAAACAAAAAAUCUGAUCCAUAUUAUAUUUCCAAAUUUUUAUUGCAAUUUUAAGCUGGAUAAGGAUAAUUUGUCCUCCCAUUUGGAUCUGAUUUUUAACUGGGAGAGUAAAUUAGAACAUCCAGAAAAAUGACUUGCAAAGGGUGA